AUGGAUUCCGACGUGGAGCCCAAGGUGAAAGGGGACGAGGGCCGGGCGGAUGAAGGCGAGGCGGAGGAUCACGAAAUGACAGACGCACCUGUCCAAGAGGCGACCGGCUCUCAGUCCCCGCCCCAAGCUGCAUCCCAAAGUCAAAUAGGCUCAAAAUUGAUCCCUCCUUCCUCGGAUUCAGAUCUUCUCCCACCAUCAACCCUGACAUCAACAAAUCCCACCUCGUCAACAAGCAACCCAAGCAACACCAUCCUAGAAACGACGGAAAAGCCCCCUGAACCGCAAAAGAUGGGACCCAAGAAGAAGGGCACAGCCGCCGUCAAGAAGACUCCCAAGCGACCAAAGGGCGGCGGCCGCGGCGGCCACAGCGCUUCCAAAGGCGGCAGGCCGAAGAAGCAGGCCGGCGGCGGCGCCUCCACCAACCACCAGGAAGAGCUGGGCGGUGGCUCCGAUGAGGAAUCCGACAACGGACCGUAUUGCAUCUGUCGCGGCCCCGACGACCACCGCUUCAUGAUCUCGUGCGACGUCUGCGAGGACUGGUUCCACGGCGAGUGCAUCGACAUCUCCAAGGACGUCGGCGAGAACCUCAUCGAGCGCUUCGUCUGCCCCAACUGCACCGACGUGGAGAGGAACGUCGUCAGCCUGUUCAAGAAGAUCUGCUCCUACGCCAAGUGCAUCAAGGCGGCCCGCCUCUACGGCGACGGCGAGAAGAGCGCCUUCUGCUCCGACGAGCACAAGCAGCUGUGGUGGGAAAAGGCCAUCGCCUCGCUGCCCAAGAAGUCCUCGGCCAACAACACCCGUGACGGGCUCGUGCAAGAGGAGCUCAUGGGACUCUUGACCAGCAAUCUUGCUGGCGUCGAUCCGGACGAUGGCCUGUGGAGGGUCCAAACCCGCCCGUUUGCUCCCCCGGCCACUGGACCCGAGAGCCCCGAGUCCAAGAACAAGGCUCUGGUGCCCGGGAUCCUCACCGAGGAGGAGGUGGACAUCCUCCAGACGUCGGCCGCCGAGCGCUACAAAAUGGGCGAGGAGGUCGUCCUCUGCCAAAAGAUGCUGCAGCUCCUCGACUGGGCCAACGACCGGCGCAAGUCCCUCAUCGCGUCCAAGCACUUGGACGACGCCGCGUGCGGCUACGACCACCGCCUCGACCAGGUCGGCGUCGUCGGCCCCUUCGCCAACUGGCUCAACUCGGACGAGGCCAAGGAGGUCUUCAAGGCCGGGAGCCUCGACGUCGGCAGCCGCCUGGCCGGCGACUACAAGAACAUCUGCGACAAGAAGCGCUGCAAGGCCCACCAGGGCUGGUUCUCCAUCCACACUAGGGACGUGCGGUACCAGAUGAAGCUGCUCGCCAUGGACGCCAACAAGAAGCUCGACAAGGAGCGCCUCAUCAAGCAGUCGGCCGCCGAGCGGAAGAUGAGGAAGGAGGCCGAGAACAACUACGUCCAGGCCGUCCUCCGCGAUGGCACUCUCGGCCCGCUCAAGUCUGGAUGA